AGGUUGCGAUGUAGCAGAUCCUUUUCAUUGUUCAGAGUGUUGUGGUCUCGAAGUGGUCGCUGUCAUAUCUCUUGGCCGACGGUCGUGUGUUCAUAUAUCAUCAUAUGUCAAUCUCACCGUUUAAUUAAUUCAGCCACUGCCUUCAUAUUCUUAUUAUUAUUAGGCAUGGAUGUGAGCAGCUAUUGCUGUUAAGUCUGUAGAAGGUGAAGAAGGUAUACUGUUUAUUUAACAUGUGGGGUUUUGGGUCGAAAGCCAUUACGGGUUCAUCUAGGUCGAGAAUUGACUCUGCAAGGCCUGGUCAAGCUUCUUCAGACUGCUCUGAUGAUGAGAUCUCGGUAAAUAACAGCAGGGAAGAAGGUUUAGAGUGUCCGAUUUGCUGGGAAUCGUUCAAUAUAGUGGAAAAUGUUCCGUAUGUUUUAUGGUGCGGACACACACUCUGUAAAAACUGUGUUCUUGGGCUGCAAUGGGCUGUUGUCAAACUACCCACUCUUCCAAUCCAGCUCCCGUUUUUCGUAUCGUGCCCGUGGUGCAACCUGUUGUCGUUCCGUCUUGUUUAUAAAGGGAAUCUUAAGUUCCCAAGGAAGAAUUACUUUCUUCUUUGGAUGGUUGAGAGCUUGAAUGGCGACCGAGUCAAAUCUCAUUUGUCUUCUUGUGUUGACCACGCACCGAGCCCUGCUUGGUCGUGGACUCGAGGUUUGGUCACUAAUCCAGGUAGCCAUAGUAACAGUCUGGCGAGGCCACGCGUUGGUGAACUCAACCAUCAUGAUGGAUCUCAUGGUGUGAAUGGUGAGAGACUGCAAUCGACCAUCCGUAAGUCGUUAAUCUUCUUUGUUCACUUAACGGCUAAGUUUCCACUGGUGUUCAUAUUUCUACUGAUUGUUCUAUAUGCAAUACCUGCAAGUGCAAUCAUCUUGGCUGUGUAUAUUCUCAUCACAAUUUUGUUUGCUCUUCCGUCUUUUCUUGUUCUUUAUUUCGCGUACCCGAGUCUUGAUUGGCUGGUAAGAGAAAUCAUAACUUGAGGUGGGUUCGGGUUCUUGAUUUUCAAACUUGUUGUAUCUUUGGGUUGUAAACAUAAAGCUUCAGGUGUCAUGUUGCUUCUCAAGGCCUGUAAAAAGAAGACUCUAUUUUCUACUUUAUGAAAUUGGACUUUUGAUGGUAA